AUGAAUUCAAAAUUGUAUCUUGCUGAGAAUGUGCUCAAUGAACGACAUACUGUCACUUAUCGAUCAUUGAGCCGCUCGCUCAAGGUCCACGCGAAUCGAGCUAAGCAAAUCUUGUACGAGUUUCAUCGAACCGAAAAUGCCAAGCGACCGCACAGUGUCCACGCGACAUACGUGAUCUCCGGUGUCCAAAAACCAACGGCGCCUCCAGCGACGAAUGGCCACACAAAGGACGAGGACGAGGUCAUGCAAAGCAGUCCCUACCUUCCUAGCUCUAUGCCGAACCAAGAAGCCGCCUCAGAUGUUGUCUCAAUCGCAUCCAUCCUAUUAGUGCGCGAGGAAGAUCUCGAAGACGCGAAAGCCACGUUUGAGUCUGUCAAAACAAUUCAUGUAUACAGUGUACAGGCAGCUCCUCUCCAGGAUCUUAACACUUUGACAACUGUGUGCAGAGAGUUGGCUUUAACAUCUACCCAAGACGACCCUCUAGAGUGUGGUUCGCAAUGGGGGAUGAUCCAGAACCGCGACGUGAAACGGAGAUCCGGAACUCGCCCUCCCCCAGCGGCCAAGGCAGCAACCACAGCCAAGCCCGAGUCGACAGUGCCAGCUAAGCGAUCUCUGGCGACCAAGGAAUCUGCCGUGAGACAAGAAAACAAGCCGGAUGAGUCUCAACCAACUAGUGACUCUCAAUCGUCUGUGAAAUCUUCCAGCAAAAGUGCUGCUCCCCAAAAAGGGAAGAGUAAUCUCUUCAGCUCUUUUGCAAAGACGAAGCCUCCAAAGCCAAAACACGCUGAUUCUCAGGCUACCCACAGCGGCGCUGAUGAUGUUGUGCCUGAUGAUGCUUCCGAAGACGACGCCGAAGAGCUGUUCCCUGAGAGCGGAGACAAGGCGCCAUCGACCAACCGCGAGACUAAGAAAGAACGCGAGGAGAAAUUGAAGAAGAUGAUGGAAGAAGAAGAUGCCGAUGAUGAAGAAAUGGCCGAUGCCGAUGAGGAGCCUCAACGAGAACCGACUCCUGAGGAACAACCACCACCUCCUCCCCCGUCGAAGGCUGCCGAACUCAAAGAGGAAGUGACAGUACAUGGCGGGCGUCGACGCGGGCGGCGCCAGGUGAUGAAGAAGAAGACGGUCAAGGACGAAGAAGGUUACCUAGUGACUCGCGAAGAAGCGACAUGGGAGUCAUUCUCCGAAGAUGAGCCGGCGCCGCCCAAGAAGAAACCAGCGGUCAAUGUGGCAAAGGCCAAGGGCAAGCCGACGGGUCAAGGCAACAUCAUGUCCUUCUUUGGAAAGAAGUGA